AUCAGUUGCUUGACUAUUCUCAACUGGAUAAAAUCCAAUAUUCGAAGUGAUAAAAGGAAUAGUGAAAUAAGAUGUUGAAAACUUUGGUCCUUGGUGGUUUUGUGAUUUUGGUUGCAUUCAUCGUUGAAAAUGUGCAUUCAGUGCAUUUAAAUGAAGAGUUCAGUGUGGGCACAAGCUUGAAUAAAUAUCUUUGGUCACCUAAAGAUUCUGCUGACGAUGAUUCUACAACAAAAGGUCAAAAGCGAACUGCUCCCGUGUGGUUUCUUCGAACUGGGAAAAGAAGUCAAACAGCUGAAGGUGAUAAUUUGCCACCUGAAAUCUUGGAGAUUUUAGAGAAAGUUCAAAAAUCGCCGGAAUUACAAAAUAUUCUGCUUGAAAAGUUGAAUCUUGAAGGAUUACUGCCAUUGAUUGUAUACCUUCCUAAUAAUCAAUUUUAA